AUGUCGCGCUCAAGACGAGAGUACCCCAGCAGUCUCUAUCCCGAAGUCGGAUCAAGCUACAGCAGAUCUGAUUACGGCUACGGCUACGACAAAGACAACAACAGCACCGUCAGCGGCUACUCUGCUUCUUCUACUUCAAGGAGGAAUACUACUAGUACCUCCAAUUAUCACAGCCAACAUGGCGACUAUUCACGAAGCAGAGAUCAUCGCCACCGCGACAGAAACGAAAGGCGUUCUCGAGAUGCUCAUUCCGCAAAUCCUCGUCGGGGGCGAUCCCACUCCUACGAGCGCAACAGCAGAGAAAACAAAGACAGCCGCAGCCGCGCCCGCAGCGCCAGUAACUACAACAGCAACAGCACUAGGAAAAACAACAACAGGAGUGAGAGCAGGACGAUAAAGCAGCACACCAGAGGCAUAUGGGAGAAAUUCGUGCCGCCGGACUAUCGCCCCUCAAGAGCCGAUCCGGACGCGAGGAGGGAAAGAUUGAGUAAAGAGCAUGAGGCGGGGGGGUUUGACUGGACGCCUGGGUUUGUGUUGGCGUUGAUGGGGGCGGCGACGCUGUUUAGUGUGGAAAAGUCGUUGGUGAGGAGGCAGAAGAAGGAUUAUAUACAGCAUUGA